AUGACCGAUCGGAAUUAUCUUCGAAAGAUUGUUAAUAGGGAGAAUGCGAAUCUAGAUAUUGUCGCAAUCCAUGGUUUAAAUCCGAUCAACAAGGCCUUCCAUGCCGAGGCGACAUGGACGGCCAAUAACGGGAAAAUGUGGCUGCAGGACUUCCUCCCCACCCGCUUACCUGAUGCCAGGAUCUUCCUCUUCGGCUACAACUCGAAUGUUGCCAUCGAGACCUCGACGGCCGGCGUCAACGAGCAGGCUGAGAAUAUGCUCAACCGGUUAAGCUUUGAGCGCAAGAAUGUCCCUUCGCAAAGACCAAUCAUCUUCAUUGCCCAUAGCUUGGGAGGCAUCAUCGUCAAGAGGGCGUUAGUCGAAGCCAAGCUCGAUGAUAAGUAUCAAAGCGUCCGAGAAGCAACGUUUGGGCUUAUUUUUUUCGCAACUCCUCAUCGUGGAAGCGACCACGCCAAACUCGGAGAUAUCGCCGCGAAAGUUGCCAGAACAAUACUGCGGAGCCCAGUCAACACAUACAUGGACAGCCUAAAGAAGAAUUCAUUGUUUUCAAAGAACCUUCAAGGCGAGUUCAGACACCAAUACGAAGAUUACUCAAUCUUGAGUUUCUAUGAAACACUACCUGUAGAGAGAUUGGGCAUAGUUGUGGACAAAGAGUCAGCGACACUUGGUCUUUCAGGGCACCGAGAGACAGCAAUCGCUGUUGAAGCUGACCAUCAAACUAUUUGCAAAUUCAAUGAGGCAGAAUGUCCUGCUUAUAGACAAGUUGAAGAUAAUAUUGCUGAUCUCGCCGAGCGGGCUGUGUGUAUAUCUCGAAAGCGGCUGCUCCAGAAAACUCUGCAGAUUCCAGCAACUCAGAUGGUCGUCGAGCUUCACAAGCGAACAUUCUUUGUCCCCUAUACUGAAAAUGCUGAUUUCGUGGGUCGAGAAAAGAUUCUUCAACGUUUGAUUGAGAUCCUCAGCCCCCAGCACGGACGGCAACGACGAGCAGCCCUCUACGGACUAGGCGGUGUCGGUAAAACCCAGAUUGCCAUCAAAUAUGCCUACUGGUGUCAUGAAAAUCAACCGAACACUUCUGUUUUUUGGAUACACGCCAGUAACUUUGAACGCUUUCAUCAAUCCUUCAUAGAGCUGGCUGAAGGAUCGAACAUCCCUGGAGCAGACUCUCCAAAGGCAGACGUCUUCGAAAUCGUACGAAGCUGGCUUAGCCAGAAAGAAAGCGGCGACUGGCUAAUGGUUAUUGAUAAUGCUGACGAUUUCGGUAUGUUUUUCGAUCCUCUGGAGGAGCAUGCGCGAAGAUCUCUUGCCGGUAAGCUUGUAGACUACAUCCCCGAUUGCCCACACGGUGCGAUCCUUCUAACCACAAGGGACAAGAAAGUGGGCAUCCAAAUGCUGAAAAGCAUACGGUGUCUGAUCCAGACCCCAAGAAUGGGAAUUUCUGAAUCUACAGACUUUGUGCAGAAGAUUCUCGCAGGUGAAGAAUACAAAAAUGAGGAAGAAAUUAAACUGUUGACAAGUACUCUGGAACACCUACCUCUAGCUCUCGCCCAAGCCGCAGCCUUCAUUUUGGAAAACUCCAUCAGCGUGCAGAUCUAUUUGCAGCGAUAUGGAGACAGCAAGGCCAAUGCUGUCGAUCUUCUCGGUUACAGCGCUGAUGUUCCGGUAGCAGAUGCAGACGCUCGGAACGCAGUCACAACAACAUGGAUGAUGUCUUUCGCGCAGAUUCGAGAGCGAAGUCCCAUGGCAGCUGAUAUCCUGUCGCUUAUGGCUUUCUUGGAUCGACACUGUGUCCCAGAAUCUCUUAUCAGAAGACAAAAGACGCCCUUCUCAGAUCUAGAAUUUGAGAAGGCGUGUGGAGUUCUAAAAGCUUUUUCUCUGAUCGACGAGAGACCCUUGAACAUUCAUGGCGAGAUGCAUCGAGCUUUCGCGAUUCAUCGCAUGGUCCAACUGGUUACUCAACAGUGGCUUGAACUUCAUGUCUUUCCGCCAGAAGAGCACGAGGACUGGAAAAAGUGUGAGGCAUUAAUGCCCCAUGUUCAAGUGGUGCUUGAUAGUAAGGUAGAAUCACAAUUGGGGUCUCUCUCAAGAGCAGCCCUCUUGCACAACGCCUCCUCAUAUUUUCGAGUAAAAGGCUAUCACAGGCGGGCCGAACAGGUGGGUGUUGAAGCCGUGGCAGCCAGGAAACAGUCACUUGGUCUUGACCAUCCCGCAACAUUGGCAAGCCACACUAAUCUGUCGAGAAUCCUUCUCGAGCAAGGCCGACUUGAGGAAGCAAGCCAGCUGCAUAUAGCAGCAAUGGAGGCUGCUGAGAAAACAGUUCAAGAGGAUAAUCAAGACAUGCUUCGCGCAAGAGCUCACUUAGCAGCUCUCCACGGUACUCAGGGCCGACACGAGGAGGCCCAUCAACUACAAACGCGCGUGGUGGAGAAUAGCAAGAAGUCAAUAGGCAACGAGCACCCCGACACGCUACUGGUCAUGCGUGACUUGGCCGUUACCUACACGAAUCUGCAGCUGUACGGCGAAGCAGAAACACUCCAUAAACAAGUUUUGGAUAUCAGAAAAAAGGUGCUAGGCUCGGCCCAUCCAGAUACGCUGAUCAGCAUGAUCGAUCUCGCCGAAACCUACAAGCUUCAAGACCCAGUCAACAAAGCAUCUCAGGCGGAGAAUCUCGAACUGGAAGUUGUCGAGAGCCGAAAGAAGAUCUUGGGGGAUGAACAUCCGGUCACACUGCAGGCGAUGGAAAACCUUGCCAUGACAUACGAAUGGCAAUAUCGGUAUAGUGAAGCCGAUAUCCUACGUGAAGCGAUCAAGGAAAUCAGCCAGAGAGGCUGCGAACAGACGGAUAACCAUGCAAUGUCUGCACUACGGACCAGGAGUCCCCAAAUUCUGACCUACAAGCAUACGCAGCAGCAAAGUCGGCCGCCAAGAUAUAGGAGUUGCCCGAUGAGGAGCGAGUCUUGCGACGGUGUGCUUUUAUGCGAUACCGCGGCGGAGAGUGGCAGGAAUGUUGAUAUACAGGGGAUGAGCAGUAUAGUUGGUCUGAGAAGGUCUCCCAUCGUCACCACAAGUCCCAAUGAUGGUGGUGUCGGUGUUGGGGUUGUUUCUCCUGGCAUACAUAAAGAGCUAGGUGAAGAGGGAGCUGUUCCUGGCUCGGUGCUUGGCUCACGUCUCACCCUGUCCCCCUUAUCAUCAUCAUCAUCACCAUCAACCUCGUUUUUCAGGGCUAUGACGUCGCCCGUAGAUGACGAACAAUCGAGAAAUCGAAUUCCGGCCCCAAGGCUUCGUCGUCGCUUGUUCAGUUGGCAGGCCCCGUCCAAUGAACGUGAGGGUGAAGCAGUUGCCAGCGGUGGUGAUGGAGUAUGGAGGAGGAGAUGGAGCAUGGGUAAAAAGAUAUAG